GCGGGCACGGCUCGGAGAGGAGAGGAGCGGUCCGCCAGGCUACCGGCGAGGGACGGGCGGCGAGGACGCGGGGCAAGGACGGAGGGCUGCACUUUGUCCCCUGGGCCCGGGAGCCCGCGACGACGCCCUCUGACCCCGGCCGGGUUCGGACUUUCCACACGGAUUAAUCAAGAGUGAAAAAUCUGAAGACAUGCAAGCAGGAAAAAGAAAUUGAACUAGGCCUGAGGAGCGAUGCGACAGGCAUGAUGGAGGUCGAGUCCUCCUACUCGGACUUCAUCUCUUGUGACCGAACAGGCCGUCGGAAUGCAGUCCCCGAUAUCCAGGGUGACUCAGAGGCCGUGAGCGUGCGGAAGCUAGCUGGAGACAUGGGCGAGCUGGCACUUGAGGGGGCAGAGGGACAGGCAGAGGGAAGUACUCCAGACAAGGAGGCCAGCAGCCAGCCUGAGAGCAGUGAUUCGAACACUUCGUCUUGAGUCUGGCCUUGAUCCUCGAGGCUACAAGAGAGUCCUGCUGCCCUCUGAUGGUUGGGAGUAGUCCUUCUGGGAAGGGAGCCCUGGCACAACCCAGCAGCCUCUUCUCUGAGCCCAUAUCCCAGGCCAGCCAGGCCUCUGUGGCCCCUACUCCAGCAAAGUCCUCUGUCCAUACCACAGGCUCCACCGUCCCUCCACCUCCCCAUGGUGCCCAGGUACACCAUCACCACGGGAUGUUAUUUAUUCAGCUAGGCGGGGCUCGAGCCAGGGACUGUCCCCACACCAUUCGUCCCUCCAGCCUACGCCAGAAAGCUCUUCCUAACCCUUUUUUAAAGCCUCUUUUACAUUUUUUAAAAACAUAACUUUUUUCAGUAGAGAAGGGGGAGCUGACAAUCACUUGUUUUCUGUUUUGGUUUUGGUUUGUUUUAAGCUUAGUUCUGAUGUUCUAUGCAGCUCUAAGUUCCCCUGUGGAGCCUCACAGAUCCAGGUGUAGGGAAAGGAUUUGGACUCAAAACUAACUGACCAAUUCUUUGCCCUUUGUACCAAGAGAGUGUACCAAGAGGUCCCAGGAAAUAAAUAAUGAUGAUUUGUG